AGGGCCAGAGGAAGAGUGUAGUUGUGAAGACAUGUCGAGGAGUGCAGAAGCAGCUACAGACUCUGAUAGUAAGAGAAAAAGCUCACAGCGCCGGGGCCUGGUAAAAGCACCAGAUUUUCGUUAUUUCCAGCCUCGGUAUUUCACAACUGCUGAGGUCGCUAAACACAAAGAAGAGGACGAUCUCUGGGUAUCUUACCUUGGACAUGUGUACGAUCUAACGCCACUGGCAAAGGAGUACAAAGGAGACAUACUGCUGAAACCCAUUGCAGAAGCAGCAGGGACGGAUAUCAGCCAUUGGUUUGAUGCGAAGACAAAAGACAUCAGCAAGCACGUAGAUCCACUAACCAAUACUCUGAGAUACCACACCCCGUGGGGCCGCUUCAUCCAUAUUCCACCCCAGUUGCCCUGUUCGGAUUGGGCGACUGAUUAUGGUAAGCCUUGGUGGCAGGGGACUCAAUAUAUGGUGGGGCGACUGAUCUCUAAGACCCGGCACAUCCGCCUCAUUAACGUGCUCACCGGACAAGACCACGUAUUGGAGGUUGGCACCCUGGAAACCAUGUGGGAAAUCGCACACCGAUUCCUCACUUAUAAUGCACAUGCUGCCAGCUACACAUGGAAAUAUGAUGGGAGGAUACUGAACAUGGACCGUACUCUGGAAGAAAAUGGGAUCUACAAUGAGGAGGAUGACUUUGAACUUCUCAAAAUGGACGACCCCCUUUACUUGCCUGCAAUAAUGCUUCAUUUCAACGAUGAUCUCACCGAGUUAUAAGAAAGAAGAUGGAGGCACAUGCAGACUCAAGAUGCAUUUGGGGUUUCUGUGAUCUCUAUGAAAAACAUUGGGCUGGGGGGGAGGGGGUUCUUUGGAUUUAAGCCCUUAUUCCACUCUGGGAACUGACAUAUGA